CCUACUGCCACACCCACUCACUGCUGACACUACUGCUACAGCUGGAAGAAAAAGGUCUUGAAGUGACUUAUAAGGAUGAGGACUGCCAUCAUACUGCCGUGGCUGCUUUUCUGUACGUGUGGAGCUCAGACUUGGACCGACGUCCAGGCAGGGAGCCAGGGCCCUGGGGCUCCUGCUAGUGCUGAACUCUCCUCUCUGCUGGACAUCUCUUCUGAGAUCCAGGAGCUCAGAGACAUGGUGCUGGAACUGCGAGUGCAGUUAAGGAUAACCCAGAACGACCUUGAGAGCACCAAAGCAGCAAUGAAGACAAAAGUGGAGGGUCUGGAAAUGGAGAAUGCAGCACAACAGACAGAAAUGACAUUGGUCAAGACCAGACUGUCUGCUAGUGCAGCUGAACUAAAGAAUCUAAAGCUGGAAAUUACAGCAGCGCAGACAGCUGAACAGACAGACACGACCACGCCAAGAACUGAAGAGGCGAACUUGACCAAGGACAGUGGUGCUCUUGAGACAAAUUUGUCGGACAUUGAGGCCACUCCAGACAGUCUUAAGAUGGACAGGGCAGUGCACGAAAAGGAUCUGAAAUCUCUAAAGGCCAGACUGGCCGCCACCGAAACAAAAGUGGAAACUCUUGAGACCAAACUGACAACGCCCAAGGUGGCUUUCUCCGCCGCUCUGACCGACUCCGGCACCACCGCGGCCAUCAACACCGACCUGAACCUGGUCUUCAGCCGGAUCAUCACCAACGUCGGCCAGGCCUACAGCAGCAGGUCGGGCAUCUUCACCGCGCCGGUCAGCGGGGUCUACUACUUCAGGUUCACCGUGGUGGAUCACCUGGCCUCGCGCAUGAUGGUCAUCCAGAUGUUCAAGAACGGUCACCAGGUCAUGUUCCUGAACGAGUAUGGCGAUGACGGGCAGGCCACCUAUCUGUCCAGCGGGGUGACUCUGCAGCUGAAGGUGGGCGACGAAGUGAGCAUGAAACUCCCAGCAGGCUACAGGGUGUACGACAACGGGAACAAUCACAGCACAUUCAGUGGCUUCCUGUUAUUUGCUCUGAAUGGAAUGGAGUGAACCACACACCAUUACUAUCAGUACUGCUACAGUGUAUCAGUAGUAUAUAUAGUGUUAUCAAAUAAUAAAUGAUGCCUUGUUUACAAAUUAAUAAAACACUUUUUAAUCUGUUAAAACACAGUGUUAUACAUUUGUUGUUACCAGAAUGGCAAUGACCAAGUAGUACUUAAAAGAUAACUUCUGCCAAUUUCAAUAUGCUGUUGUAUUGCUCAUGCUACUCUUGACUUGUCAGUACCUGGUGAUGCUGCAUUUUUUGGCUCAGCCCUUUCAGAGAUAUGAGCUAUUCUAAUGGGGGCAGCCUUUGUUUACAUUUUCAAAAAUCUUAACAUAGGCCUACUCCAAAUAUUAUCCCAAAAGGUAUCGCUUUUUGCUAGAUGUCUGCUGAUGUUGCAUAUAACCUUUUGGAUGUUAUUGGAUAAAUCAAGAUGCUUUUUAAAAAUGUAAA